CUUAGUGCGAUUAUUCAGCCCUGUCCCAACUCCAAAAGACAAAAGUUCUAACGCAAGCAAUUACGACUGCCCAAGGACCCAUUUGAUUUGUUCCUAUAAACUAUAAAGCUGUUCCCAUCUUCUUCAUACAUAUUAUCGUAUAUCAAUUAGCUAGCUGCAUUUCAAAAAAGAAAGGGAAAUGGUGAGCAAAAAUCAACAGAACUUGUUGUCAAAGAUGGCAACUGGCAAUGGUCAUGGUGAAAAUUCUCCAAACUUUGAUGGAUGGAAGGCUUUUGAGGAUGAUCCAUUUCAUCCUACUGAUAAUCCUCACGGGGUUAUCCAAAUGGGCCUAGCAGAAAAUCAGCUUUCUUUUGAUUUGGUUGAAGAGUGGCUAAUGAAAAACCCAGAAGCCUCCAUUUGCACACUUGAAGGAGUAAAUUACUUCAGAGACAUAGCUAUCUUUCAGGAUUAUCAUGGCUUGACAAAGUUCAGAAAUGCUGUGGCCAAUUUUAUGGAGAAAGUAAGAGGAAAUUGAGUGAGAUUCGACCCAGACCGCAUUGUUAUGAGUGGAGGAGCAACCGGAGCUCAUGAGAUUACUGUCUUUUGUUUGGCUGACCCUGGGGAUGCAUUUCUAGUACCUACUCCUUAUUAUCCAAGUUUUGAUAGAGAUUUGAGAUGGAGAACAGGAGCACAACUUGUUCCAGUUGUAUGUGAACGCUCUAACGACUUCAAGGUGACAAGAGAAGCAUUGGAAGCUGCCUAUAAUAGUGCUCAAGAGGCCAAUUUUCUGCUAGGCCCAUUUGGAUAACCCCAUGAGGAUUAUCAGUAGGAUGAAAUGGAUUAUCCUCAAAAGCCUUCCAUCCAUCAAAAUAUGGAGAAUUUUCACCAUGACCAUUGCCAGUUGCCAUCUUUGACAACAAGUUCUGUUGAUUUUUGUUCACCAUUUCCCUUUCUUUUUUGAAAUGCAGCUAGCUAAUUGAUAUACGAUAAUAUGUAUGAAGAAGAUGGGAACAGCUUUAUAGUUUAUAGGAACAAAUCAAAUGGGUCCUUGGGCAGUCGUAAUUGCUUGCGUUAGAACUUUUGGUGUUGGGACAGGGCUGAAUAAACGCACUAAGUAUAUAAUGUUUGUUUGGUUGAGUCGUUGAGAAGGUGUAACUUCCAGGUCUUAUUAUGUAGUUGUGUAGCAGUCGAGUUGUAUCAUAAAUUAAAAUUAAAUGGUUGCUAAUCAUCUGCUUGCUUAAA